AUGUCGAGUUUUCAUUCAGAAAAUAUACGUAGUUCCAGAGGGUCAGGGAGAGGCUCAGAGGGAGAGGCUCAGAGGGAGAGGCUCAGAGGGAGAGGCUCAGAGGGAGAGGCUCAGAGGGAGAGGCUCAGUGGGAGAGGCUCAGGAGAGGCUCAGAAGGAGAGGCUCAGAAGGAGAGGCUCAGAAGGAGAGGCUCAGAGGGAGAGGCUCAGAGGGAGAGGCUCAGAGGGAGAGGCUCAGAAGGAGAGGCUCAGAAGGAGAGGCUCAGAGGGAGAGGCUCAGAAGGAGAGGUUCAGAAGGAGAGGCUCAGAGGGAGAGGCUCAGAGGGAGAGGCUCAGUGGGAGUGGCUCAGAAGGAGAGGCUCAGAAGGAGAGGCUCAGAAGGAGAGGCUCAGAGGGAGGGGCUCAGAGGGAGAGGCUCAGAGGGAGAGGCUCAGAAGGAGAGGCUCAGAGGGAGAGGCUUAGAAGGAGAGGCUCAGAAGGAGAGGCUCAGAAGGAGAGGCUCAGAGGGAGAGGCUCAGAGGGAGAGGCUCAGAAGGAGAGGCUCAGAGGGAGAGGCUCAGAAGGAGAAGCUCAGAGGGAGAGGCUCAGAAGGAGAGGCUCAGAGGGAGAGGCUCAGAGGGAGAGGCUCAGAAGGAGAAGCUCAGAGGGAGAGGCUCAGAAGGAGAGGCUCAGAGGGAGAGGCUCAGAAGGAGAGGCUCAGAGGGAGAGGCUCAGAGGGAGAGGCUCAGAGGGAGAGGCUCAGAGGGAGAGGCUCAGGGGGAGAGGCUCAGAGGCAAAGGGCUGGUGUGUUGUCACGGUGAUGGGCCUGGACCGAUCUGACAGAGUGGGUCCUACGUCAGACCGGCAAGAGGAGAAGAGCGACACGUGUCUGUAUCUAAAACUACUUUAUAUUCUCUGUUGA